GCAUUUCUAAAUGUGUAUGUGAAAACUUCUUUCUUUACGAGGAACUUUAAUCACAAUGUAUUUUUAAAUAUGGAUCAUAUAACCGAAGUACCGUACUGUCUGUCACAGUGAAAGUUCGUGUUUAUGCAAAAACAAUUAGGGCCAUUUUCAGUUUGUCAAUGUUGGCUGUAUGUUUUGCUGCCAAUCGUCUGUUAGUAAGCUAAGGUAGAAGGUGUAGGCUGUAGUGUAUAUUUUCGUGUGUUGAGAAGGUAGAUGCGUGUUGCUGGAAAAAGAACCAGUGCUGCGAAAGACUGUUGUUUUUUUUCUUCUUUUUUUCGACGGUCGCGUUCACAAGUCGUUUUUGUUGUAUCUCUUACGCACUAUAAAUAAAUCACUUGUCGAAUUUAGUCUGUGUGACAGUAAUGCAUUUAUUUUAUGCAAAAAUGUUUCAUAAAAUAACGUGAAUGCAGGAUAUGCCUGAUGACAUUUGUUCCGCGGUGUUGAUUAGAAACACAAGUUUGGAAUUCCGACACCAGGACCGAGUGUGACUAUGACGUCUAUGCUCCCGUUUACACCUCCAAUUGUGAAAAGAUUAUUAGGGUGGAAGAAAGGGGAAGGCGAGGAUAAGUGGAGCGAGAAAGCAGUGAAAAGUUUAGUGAAGAAACUGAAAAAGACAGGAGGAUUGGAAGAACUCGAGAAAGCAAUUACAACACAAGACAUCAAUACCAGAUGCAUCACCAUCCCUAGGUCAUUGGAUGGAAGACUGCAAGUAUCACAUAGAAAAGGUUUACCUCACGUUAUCUAUUGCCGACUGUGGCGCUGGCCGGAGUUACAGUCGCAUCAUGAGCUCAGAGCAAUUGAAUCGUGUGAAUAUGCCUUCAACUUGAAACGUGAUGAGGUCUGUGUUAAUCCUUAUCACUAUCAGCGAGUGGAGACACCAGCACUACCAGCUAUCUUGGUACCACGUCAUCCGACACCACCAGAUGAAUUAUUUUCAGUUUCUACACCACUGUCGGUAACUAGUCCAGAAAAUGACCACGGUGAGAUGUGUUCAUCAGUACCCGAGAAUACAUCGUUCACACCAUCACCUCCACCGUCACAUCCUGGUCUGCCUGCUACACCAACUCUACCAGCAACUGAAACACCACCACCUGGCUACAUGUCCGAGGAUGGUGACAAUAUUGACCGAAGUGAUAAUAUGAGUUUACCACGUCUCUCGCCCACCCCUCCUGUUGAUGCACAGCCUGUAAUGUAUUGCGAGCCAGCAUUCUGGUGCUCCAUAAGUUACUAUGAAUUGAACACUCGUGUUGGUGAGACUUUCCAUGCAUCUCAGCCAUCCAUUACAGUUGAUGGUUUCACAGAUCCUAGCAAUUCGGAGCGAUUUUGCCUUGGUCUGCUUUCAAAUGUGAAUCGGAACACUGUGGUGGAGCAGACACGUCGCCACAUUGGCAAGGGUGUGCGACUUUAUUACAUUGGAGGAGAGGUAUUUGCUGAAUGUCUGAGUGAUUCUUCAAUCUUCGUGCAGUCCCCAAAUUGCAAUCAGCGCUAUGGUUGGCACCCAGCUACUGUAUGCAAAAUCCCACCAGGUUGCAACUUGAAGAUCUUCAAUAAUCAAGAAUUUGCGGCACUUCUUUCCCAGUCAGUGAGCCAGGGCUUUGAGGCAGUUUACCAACUGACUCGAAUGUGCACUAUACGCAUGAGUUUUGUCAAAGGAUGGGGAGCAGAAUACAGACGCCAAACAGUGACAUCAACACCGUGCUGGAUUGAACUCCAUUUGAAUGGACCACUGCAAUGGCUUGACAGGGUGCUGACACAGAUGGGGUCACCACGAUUACCGUGCAGUUCAAUGUCCUGAAAAGGAACAGAUGCUACUGUCUGCCCAUUGACAGCCUGAGAUUUAAGCAUCUGUGCUGCAUCCUACCAUAUGAGCUGUGUAGUUGUUUGUGCUUUUCACUUGUCUGUGUUCCUUAGUACUUGAGGCUCAAGUGUUUUGUUUCUCAUCAGGUGCUAAACCAAUUCUGUUGUCAAAUUUAUCUGUCAGUGAUGAUUGCUUCAGGAAAUAUGCAGAUAACAAUUUGUUUUUGUUUUUACUGUUUUGUGCUCAGCUUUUGCAAAUAUGUAAAUAUAUAUUUCUCUGUUUUGUAUCUUUGUGUGCGGCAUUUUAUAUUAAAGCCUGCAAAGAUAUACUAUCCUUUCGUGCACAUGUAUAGUAAACAUUACUCUUGUGUAACUGUUAAUGGAACAGAAUAGAAAGAUAGACUGAUUUUUCAUAGUGGCAAAGUUUUGCUGUGUCUUAAUGUAGCUUGUUUCAGGAAUUAUUACUUGUUUAGAGUUAAGAGUUUGAGAUCACUGUGUUUUGUUAUAAUUAUUUUUUAUAUUUGAGUGUCUCAUGUUGGUUGACUGUACUACUUCUUCCUAUUUAUACCAAAUACUACAAGUACUCAUUAGCUGUCCAGGAAGCUGUAAAAGUAGCUUAAUACAUAUGGACAUUAAAGGUAACUAACUUUGUUAUCAGUAUUUGAUAGAACUCUUGGAGGGAUAAGUACUGAAUGUAUUGCUUCAUGUGUUUAUUGCAUACCUUGAACACACUGUUCUCAGCAAGUGUUCUGUGCUGUAUUGCACAAUUUUAUUUACUGCAUUUUUGCUAUUUAUUUGACAUAAGUAUAUUAGGAAUAAUUUGAGAGACUGUAUGAAUAAUUUCAAGUAUGCUUCUGCCUAAUGGAAAAACAAGUACAGUGUAUACUUAAAGAAGUGUGUAACUUUUAAUACAGAUAAGCUUUUUCUGAAUGUACUCAACAUCUAACUGGUGCUGUAUUUUUGGAGAAGAGUAUGUUUUUCUGCUGUGAAAUAUUGUGAAGCAUGUCAUAUGGAAUGGUAUUCUGUAAUUAAAUGUAAACAAAAACUAUGCAGCUUCCUACAGAGUUGUUUAUACAUCGUCUCUGCUGAUAUUUCCUCAUUGUGUGACAAGUUUUGGAAAGAUGCUGGACAGGUAGUCAGCAGAAGCUAGUUACAUUCUCAAAGACUCAAAGAUGAUGAUCUCGUCCCUACUUUUAUGUGUUUUUAAUAGGGCCAGGGAAUAUUACUCAUGGCAAAUGGAGUUAAUCCUGUCAGUUUUCUUAUGCAUGUGUGUGUACUUCAUUGUAUUUCUUUAUGUUUAUUUUUCUGUUUUCCUUCUCAAUUUAAUUGAAAACUUUCUUCUUCUUCUUCUUUUCUUAUUCUUCUUACAGAUGAACCAGUACUUCUCAACAUCCUUUACCAUUAAGAAAAAUGACAAAAUGGACAUAAUUAUUUUUGAGUGCUCUGCUCUGAAAUUUAGUUUCAUAUUCUUCAUUACUCACCAUCUCCAAUUUUUUCUUCUUUCUAUUGUUCACUAAAUUUCAACUGUUUAAUUCACAUAAUAGUGGAGCACUUUAAUUUCCUUUCUAUCCUCCCAUUUUUGUUGAUUCAGGUAGAAUUCUUAUUUUGAAAGUAACUUCAGUCUGCUGUGAGUUGAACAAAACUCACUGAAAUAUGGCUGGUCUGUUGUAUACUGUCUUCCAUUACUGUUUAAGUGUGGCCCUUUUAGUACAGUAUCAAGUACCAACAACAGUCACACUAUUAUGCAUUGAGGUAAGAUGUACAUACAAGUCCCCUUCUGCCACUUAAAUUACAUUUGAGUUCUCAGUUUGCCAAAACCAAUAUUUUCAGAGUCAUUUGCGGUCAUCAUUUAUAAUUUCUCAAGUCAGUAUUAUUAAUUGAUUGGAAAAAUGGCAUAUGCCCUAAACAGCUCUAUUGGAGAUGUGCUGAAAAGAUUGCAUAACUUUUACACUAGACUCUCAUCUUCAUUUCCCUUGUAUCCAGCAUCAAGUUGAGUUGCCACAUUUAUGGUACUUCUCCACUCUCACUUGGUUUUCCACCAUUCUUCUUGUAUAAGUGUUGUUCCAAUCCAGGUUCCUUCUUCUUAAACUGGGUCUCAAUUGAGUCGAUUCAUCUUGCUCCUGGCCUCCAGCAUUCAUUUUUGAUAUUCUUCCACCUUCCAUUCCCUUUACCUGUCUGAACCAUUUUAACCUACUCUUCUCUAUUCUAAUAUUCGGCUUGUGCACUUCAUUUCAUUCCUAACAUCUGCAGUUCUCAAUCUCUCUGCCCCUUCAUUUUUCCCUAACAUAAUUGCUAGGAAUUUCAUUCCUGUGUCGUGGAUUCUACUUCAACUCUUUUCUCUUCUUGUCCUUGUCCAGGACUUCAGUGUAUAUGUCAGUGUGGGUGUAAAUUAUGUCUUGUACAGCACUUCCUUACGCUUCAUGGGCAUCUCUCUUCCCCAGACCAAGCCCCACAUACACUAGUAAAAUGCAUUGCUAUGUUGUACCCAUUUGCUGAUUUCUGCCUCCAUCCUUGGAAUGCUUUCCCACUGGAAUGGGUAUUAAAAUAUGACAUGGUAGCUAAGGCGUAGGGGAAAGAAUCUAAUUAUGAAAUAUUACAAAAAAGUAUUUUGCAGUUGAAUGUAUUCUGCUCAGAGAACUGGACUCAAUACUGUGUUGUUAUAUGACCCCUUUUUUUCCAUGACUAUAUUUAAAAAUCCCUUAAGGUACAUGUAGCAGUUCAUUCAUUGCAUUCUGCAUGUAUAAUUUGAAUCUUGAGUGUAGUCCUUGUAUGAAGCAGAAGUUGCAUUGAUCAAAUAAGACUGUCAAGUGUAUACCAUAUUUGGCUAAAAUUGUUGUAUAAGGUAUGCAAAAUAAACAACCAUUUUGCAUUGACUAA